AUGAAUUCUUCCUAUCACCUGCCCGACAUGUCGCAGCGAAUCCCUGGCCCUGCGUAUUCCUCCGCCGCACCACCACCACCAAUUCACGCCUACCAACAACAUCAGCAUCCUCCUCCGCCUCUACCGCCUCCGAAUCAACACCACCACUCGUCUCAUCCUCCUCUACCUCCUCCGUCGUCAGCUCCACAUCCUCACCACCAACAUCCGCCGCCGCCGCCCCCUUCCCACUCGCUAUCUUCGCAUCAACAUCGUAGCCAACCACCCCACCACCAGUCUCAACUCCCACCAUAUGCCCCAGCUCCAUAUCAACAGCCUCAUCCGAGUCAAUACCCACGGCCCCAUGCCCACCAGCAACACCCCCCUCCUCCUUCGCAGCAUGAUGAACCUCCUCCUCCCCCGCCUUCCUCGGGACCAUCCCCCACCGACCAUCAGAAAGAUUCCGAAUACGUUCCCCCAUCUUAUUCCAAGAUUGAAGAAGGGUCAGGCUGGAAGUACAGUCUCGAUGUGAAGCAACAACCCGUGCGUGCGCGCAUGUGUGGAUUUGGCGACAAGGAUCGUCGUCCAAUCACGCCGCCGCCGUGUGUUCGUCUUGUCAUAAUAAACACCGAGACGGGCAAAGAGGUUGACUACAAUAGUUUAGAUCACGCCAUGUUUGUGUUGUCGGUCGAUCUGUGGAACCAUGAUGGUACCAAAGAAGUGAAUUUGGUGCGGUCUUCGACUGGGACCGGCGCUAUGGCAUCUUCAAGUACCUAUACUUAUUCGUCCCUGGAGCCAGGCACUCCUUCGUAUCAGCAACAAUCUCUGCCUCCGAGCCGUGAGUCUGGAUAUGGGCAAUCCCAAGGCAUGAACUAUGGGCAGGAUUACCCCCCACCGGUGCAGCAAAGCUACGGGCAAGCACCGUCGUACCCGCCGAGCAGUUCCUACGGUCCACCCCAACAAUACUACCCGCGACAUAGCGGUUACAGUGCCGAACCUACCGCUCCUCCGCCCGGCGCCCCUUUCCGCAAUGGAUACGGACAAGAUCAAAAUGCGCUUACUAGGAUGGCAGUGGUGGGAGGUCAGCCCCAAGGGAUGUUUACGAGGAACUUGAUUGGCAGUCUAGCCGCAAGCGCAUUCCGUCUCGAGGACACUGAAGGGCAAUCAGGUAUCUGGUUUGUCCUCCAAGACCUCAGCGUUCGUACAGAAGGAACCUUUCGAUUAAGGUUCUCCUUCGUUAACGUUGGGCGCCCCGGGGGGCCUGGCGGGCAGGGGGCCAACGUGAACCAAGGCCGGGCGCCAAUUUUGUCGUCGUGCUACAGCGAGAGUUUCCACGUGUACUCGGCCAAGAAGUUCCCCGGCGUGUGUGAAAGUACACCAUUGAGCAAGAAAUUUGCAAACCAAGGCAUCAAGAUCCCGAUUCGUAAGGACACCAACAUCAAGGGCGAAGGCGACGAGGAGAUGUACGAUCAGAAUUGA